AUGACUGAAGAAGAUCAAGGUCCGCAUGAUCAGAUGAUGGGUACCAUGUGUGAAACCCAAUCAUGGGGUCUCUCCAAUUGUGAAAACACAGGUGGAAUCAAAGAGAAUUCAACCGUGAAGCCUCUCAACCAAGGAGAUGGAGGAAAUGAAGGAGAAGCUCUCAUGAAUAAUAAGCGAAGCCGAGGGAAUGCUAGUGGAACUGAGAAGAAUGUUGUUAUUAGUGGUGAAGCAAGACAUGGAAAGCGUCUCGAAUCUGAGCAUGAAAUGCAUAUAUGGACCGAGAGAGAAAGGAGGAAGAAAAUGAGGAAUAUGUUUGCUAGUCUUCAUGCUUUGCUUCCUCAGCUUCCUUCUAAGGCUGACAAAUCAACCAUUGUGGAUGAAGCAGUGAGCUACAUAAAAAAUCUAGAGCAAACUCUGGAGAAGCUAGAAAAACAAAAACAAGAAAGGCUCCAAUCUGUCUCCACUUUUGGGUGUGAGUCAUCUGUGAUGAACUCGCAGUGGCAUCCUUAUGAUUCAAGGCAAGCAUUCAUUACUGCUAAUCAGGGACCUUCUAACAAUGUGUCCAGUGCAAUGGUUACUUCAAAUCCUUCAAAUUCACUUUCAUCCCCUGAGCAGCCCAUAGCUUUUCAAACUUGGACUUCUCCGAAUGUAGUAUUGAACAUUUGUGGAGAUGAAGCACAAUUCUGCAUAUGGGCAGCCAAGAAGCCAGGCCUCUUUACCACCAUUGCUUUUGUGUUGGAGAAGCACAACAUAGAUGUCAUCUCUGCCAACAUUUUGUGCAAUGGUAAUGGAAACGGAUACAUGAUUCUAGCCCGUGCAAAAAGGGCUUCACAUUCAUUCUCAGGUGCAAAUUCAGUGGAGGAAACUUACAGGCAAGCGGCUGGAGAGAUUAUGAUAUGGAUCACUUAA